GUGUGGUGUGUGUUGGUUGUUGGGUUGCUGGGGGUUGUGCAUGGUUGGGUCGAGGGGUAGUGAUGGGCUGUACACCAAGUGUAUUAUUAGAUCAUAAUAAACAUUGUGAUAGUACUAGUUUUGAUCAGUCCAUCUCUACAGUUGGUGGCAAAUCACCACGUCCAAGUAUUGAUAUACCAACAAUUAUAUUCACGAAGAAACCUACAACAGGCACACACAAUUACCAACUUGCUGCGGACUUAAACAAAGAACCUAAAAAACGUGCCAAUUCAUGUGGUGCACCAACAACAAUACGACUUACCAGUCAAGGUCGACCAUCUUUAGCACUUACUCCUGAAGAGGAACCACUUGAUUGUGGGAAAAUCGAACGUAAAUAUGGAUUGUUACUACCGCCAAAUCAAAGUUCACCUAAAAUUUUAUCAAUAUUUCCUCGCGAGGAUCAAGUAUCAGCAACUAUAUCAAAAGCAGCUGAAAAACUUGAUUUUGAGGUGAUUCCAUGCUCAACAUUUGAGAAAGCAACUGAAGAGUGUUUAUCAAAAACGUAUGAUCUAGUGAUCAUUGACGCUAGAACUACGAGGCAUAAUGAUGUGGAAACAAUGUGCAGAUCGGUAAGAAAUGCAAAAGGCAAUCAACAUACAGUUCUAGUGGCUGUCGUUAGACGAAGUACACUAGAAAAAGAUGAAGUGGCGGUAGCUCAACUCUUAGAAGCUGGUCUUAAUAGGUGUAUUAUUGAAACUACCAAUCUAACAUUAUGGACAAAUGAAUUGCUACAAUUAAAAGUCAGCGAAGUUCGACCAUACGCUCAAUUCACUACAUCCCAAGCAUUAUACGCUGCAUUGUAUAAAUCACGUGAUGUCGUUUAUAUUACGGAUAAUGUAUCACGUAUUCAAUACAUGAAUCGCUCCGGUGAAAAAGUAACAAUGUAUCGUCAAGAUGAAUUAAUUGGAAAAUCAUUUGAAUUUUUAAUCAAUACUGAAUCGCUGGCGAAUUUUCAACAAAUGCAUAAUAAUCUAUCGAAAAAUCGUGAAUGGGAAGGUUCGUUAGUGAUAAAACGUAAAAAUUUAGAUUCAAUUACAUUGUACACGAAAACAACGGCAAUAUGUUGUACAGGACGAACUCCAACGCAUUAUGUGAUUAUCCAGGAUGCUGGUAAUUUGCCUACGGAAUGGCCUGUUUUAAAUACUCCAGUUGUAAUUCCAGGUACAGAACGACCACGAGGCAGUGUAAAUUCCAUACGACGUGGUUCCUUCGAUGUCCGUUCCGUGGGAAGUGAUGGAAUUCGACGUUCCAGUAUAGCAAAAUUAAAUGCGUUACCACUAGAAGCACCAAUCACAAAAGCUAUAACAAUCUUAACGAAUUUACAAGAACAAAUACAAAGUCCAUACGUGCAAAUGAUCGAUAAAGUUAUCGAUUUAAUCAAAACCAACGAAUUGUAUUCACCACAAAUGAAAGAUGAUCAUCGAUUACGGAACGAUGAUCCGGUAACAAGUGAUUUAAUUGGUGCGUUAUUAUCCCAAGGACCUUCACAAAUCUUAUCUUCACGCCGAAGUAGUAAUGAUUCUACUGCACAUCGUCCAUCAAAUCGACAAAAUACAACACGACAUCGUGCCCCAGCUGCUAUUCGAGAAUUAUUAGAAACAUCCUUACUUUGGGAAUUCGAUAUAUUUCGAUUAGAGGAGUUAACAUUCAAACGACCCCUUGUACAUUUAGGAAUGAAUUUAAUGUGCCAUUUUGAUAUACCCGGUACCUUAAAUUGUGACGAGAAAACCUUACAAAAUUGGUUACAUGUAAUCGAAUCGAAUUAUCGAUCGAGUAAUUCAUAUCAUAAUUCCACGCAUGCAGCAGAUGUUUUACAAGCGACAGCAGGUUAUUUAGAAAAGGAACGUUUAAAAUCAAUUUUAGAUCCAUUGGAUGAAGCAACAACUUUAAUUGCCGCAGCAGCCCAUGACGUCGAUCAUCCAGGGAAAUCAAGUGCAUUUUUAUGUAAUUCCGAUAAUCCGUUAGCGAUUUUGUACAAUGAUUUGACAGUGUUAGAAAAUCAUCAUGCGGCUUUUACAUUUAAGCUUACUUUAGGCGAUGAACGUGUUAAUAUAUUUAAGAAUUUAGAUAAGGAUCAAUAUAAGGUUGUACGACAUAAUGUGAUUGAUAUGAUAUUAGCAACAGAAAUGACGAAACAUUUUGAACAUUUGGCGAAAUUUGUUAAUGUUUUUUGUUCAAGAUCUGUUCAACGAGAUGAUUUUUAUAUAACGGCAAAUGAGAGUGAAAAUGAAAUGUCACCUAUAAAUUUACCAGAAAAUAUAACAUUAGUGAAACGUAUGUUAAUAAAAUGUGCGGAUGUAUCAAAUCCAACACGUCCAAUGCGUAUAUGUGUGGAAUGGGCACGCCGUAUUGCUGAAGAAUAUUUUACACAAACCGAUGAAGAGAAACAAGCAAAUUUACCAGUUGUAAUGCCAAUGUUUGAUCGUCAAACAUGUUCAAUACCAAAAUCACAAAUCGGUUUUGUUGAUUAUAUUAUUAAUGAUAUGAUGGAAGCUUGGGAUGCAUUUAUUGAUAUGCCCGAAAUUAUAACAUACAUGAGACAAAAUUAUGUAUAUUGGAAAGAAUACGACGAACAAGGCCUAACGACUUUAGGUGAUAUUAAAAAACUACAACAAACCCCACAAAUGUCACCUAUAGCGCGUUAAUUUUAUUUUCUAAUAAUAUUUGUAUUUAUGUAAUAUAUUUAAUGUUAAAUAUGCCAGAAUGCUCUCAUCAAAGGUGUUACUCAAAUAUGGCAAAAAGACGCCAUCAUUGAAAUUUUAAUGAAACUUUGAAUCACUUAUACAAAUUUUCAGAAAAAAAGUAACGUUUUUUUUGGUUAGUCAUCCUGAAUAGAGCUUUUUAAAACGUCGUCGAAAUGUAGGAAAAAUAUUUUACUUCAACUUUUUUGUAUUUGUAAAAUAUAGGAAAUCAUUGAGAUAAUUAUUAUUAAUAGUAAAAUAAUUUAAUUUUUUUUCUAUUUAUUUUAAAAGAAUAUUUAUUUAUUUUACUCUUGUCUACUUCUAUAAUAAGUGUUUGUCAACUUUCGUCCCGUUGUGCAAAACGAAAUUGCCGCUUUCUGCCUCCGUCGGAGAGAAAAGUAGUAUCCAUCACAGGAGCAAUUAAAGAAUGUCUCGGAUCUCAUGUUGACAAUAAACAUGAGAUCCGAGGCAUUCUUUAUUUUUGCUCCCUAGAUGUAAAAUUAACCAUUAAAAGAUUGAAAAACACUGCAAUAGAGAUCCGAUCGAAAGAUAGAUCUCAAGAAGGUGUCUGUAUGCAGGCCCAUGCUCAGAAAUUAUCCAAGGGAAAGGUUCAAACUUUUGUUCAUCAUAAAGUCAAUAAAAACAAUAAAACUUGAGUAAUUUUUUUAAAAUAAGUUAAUACUGCGAAUUUCAGAAAAAAACUUUUCCAAAACUUUGUGCCCAUCAAUCUCUACACUGCGAUGCAUAUUAAGAGAGGCUAAGCCGUUUAACCGAUUUCAGAAAUUGUCGUAUUCAUCGCAGAUACUGAUAUUGCAGGACUAUGAACAUUUUUCUAAACUCUGUUCCAUUGUUUCCUCUUCUUUCAGCCAGUUCGAUACUCUUACUGAGAUCCAGUUUUUUGUGAAAGGAAUUCUCAAUGGGAAGGAAUUUGACCCCCAAAACCUCUCCCUUGCGCACGGGACUGUCUGUAUGUAUUUAUAUGUACUCAUAUCUACACUCUCUCUAUUUCUCUCAGUGCUUCCACUUUUAUUCUUAAUUUCAUGAAUUCAAAAUAAAUUAUUAUAACAAAUUGUAAUUAAUUAUCUCAAUUUUUAUUGAACUGAUGCAUCAAUCAAUAUACAUUAUAUAUCUGAAAUACUAAUUAGUUACUUAUUUGCAUAGACGCAACUAGGAAGAGACAAUUAUUCUCGAAACAGUGGCGGAUUAAAAUCAGGUGCUGACAAAAGGCUAACUAUAUAUAUUUCUCUUGCACAGUUCCCUAGUAUCUGCCAAACUGGACCUUGAUCUAAUGAGCCUGAUGAUAAAUCUACCACUGUUCGUAAACAGAUCUACAUUUUUAAAUUUUCACUUCAGCUUUCAGAAGGUUUCAGUAAAUUUACUUAAAGGUUUUGGUUUAUAUCUUCCAAAUACAUUACCGACUAAGAUUUUUGAUAACUUCGUUUAAUUCACUCAAAGAUGUCAAGACUAUAAUCCACGAUAUAUCUUUAAUAAUUUAAAAAUAAUGGUGUUUGUUUCCCUACAGUAUUACAUAUAAACCAAAUACAUGCUUUGUAGUCAAAUAACGUGUUAUUUUUAGCUUUACAA